GCUCGGGAGGACGCACUGCCGAGUCGGCGGCCACGGUGGAAGUGAAUAAUUCGCCGUGGCGUCCCGCGGCCGCGCAGCCCCGAACGCCAUGCAAUCCCCGCCCGACUGGCCCCCGACGCCCGGCACCCUACGGCCCUCUCCCUUCCCGCACCCUGCUCUGCACGCCCUCCACUGUUUGACCCGCGCGCUGCUCUUCCCGGCCUACUGGGCCCUGGACCGGCUGCUUGGCUGCUGGGCCCCGGCGGCGCGCGGGAGCGGCCUGCUGCUGCUCAGCCCGCCCCUGGCACUGCCGGGCCUGCUGCUCUGGCUGCCGCUGCAGAUUUGGCGCCGCCCUUUCUGCUACCAGCCCCCUCCGCAAUGCCGGGCGCCCCCUGUGCCCUGGCGCCCCCCAGAUGAGCCCGCGCGCUGCUUCGGCUUCCUCAGCGCCAACCUGUGCCUGCUCCCCGACGGGCUGGCGCGCUUCAGCAACUUGCGGCACAGCCAACGGCGAGCAGAGGCGGGGCGGGGGGCGCCGUGCGGGAUGCUGACAGCUACGGUGCCUGCGGGUCUGGAUUUCGUCUGUCUGCAGAUGUUCGAUCUGCGCUCAGAGCGCAGCCUGGUGAGCCGCCUGGUGCCCAAUCUGGGCCCGGUGCUGUACGACGUGGGCACGUUCGGCCUGCAGCCCGGGCCGCACCUCAAACUGCUGGGCAGCGGCCUGCUGCUGGCCUCGCGCUACCCACUGCUGCAUGCCUCCUUCCGGCCCUUCCCCCACGCGAGUCGCGAGGAAUCGCUGGCCUCCAAGGGACUGUUUUCCGCACAGGCGCAGCUGGGCAUCCUGGAUGGGCGCCGCGCGCACGCACAUGCGCCGAGUGGUGAGCCCCGCGGAGGCGAUCUUGGCGUGGGGCUGACGGUGCCGCCUCUCUGCACGGCGGCGGCAGGUCCCAGCCCUCACUGCACCUCUGCUCACCUCACCGUCUGCCCCAGGCACCGCGAGCCUCUGGGAGUGCCCGGGUGGGCUCGCGGACCGGGGCCGGGCUGCGGCGGUAGCGGGUGCGGCUGGGUGUCCCCGACGCAGAGCGGCACCCUAGGAGCCUUCCUCUCCGUAGAGGACGGGCCCUUGCGCUGUGAACAGCUCUCGCUGCUGCUGGACCGGGCCGAGCAGUUCGAGGCCGAGAGCCGCCGGAGUGACGAGGACGUGGCCUUCAGCGUGCUCCGGGGUGGCCUAAAUUUCGACAACUGCUCACUAGCGGACGCGCAGGAGCAGCGGCACCCGCUCUUCACGCUCCAGGACCCUUGCCGGCUGGACGCGCCGGAGCAGCCGUGGGCUGUGGGCACCGCCCUCCCCGCGCCCCACAGACACCACUCGGUGGCCUGCUCCCCGGAGAUGCUGCGGGGGGCCCUGGGGCAGGAGGAAGGGCGCCUCCGCUCGGCCGGCCCUCCUGGCGGAGGCCGCCGCCUGGACUACAUCACCUUCCGGGGAGCCCCGGGGAGCCCUCUGAGCCCAGUAAGGGCCAGAGGUCAGAGCGCUGCUCUCACUGGUCCUGGGGCGACUCGUCAACCCGACCCUCGCCCCCAGGAGGUGGGGCAGGUGACAUCCAGCACCGCCUUGGCGGGGCUCACCGCCCACCCGGCGGUGGGACCUGGACUCCGAGGGUCCAGGCCCUGAGGCGGCGGCGGGGUGGAGACGAGACCGGGACCGCGGGGCCGGGCGCCCGGGGA